CCUCUUGCUUUUGGCCCCCGCGGCCACUGGCCCAAUCGGUCGUGAGCUGAGGUCGAUUGAAAAUGACUCUCGGAUCUUCCACACUGGCAUCGUAUCCAAGUCAUCUUGCAGCGCGGUACUGGGAACAUUGAGGAGAGACUAGCCCUGUCAUGCGGCCUCGCACCCGGUGUGAAGCAUGCGCAACGAAGCACAUCGAGUGCGACGGCCUCCGACCGACUUGUGGACAAUGUCAGACUCGUGGCUCAGCCUGUGUCUGGUGGGUGCCUGAUGCCAAAACCCUCGUCUUUCACUCGGAAAACCAAUAUGCCCCGGGAACGCAGCGUCGUCCCCGUGGGCGCCGUGCUCCCCGGUACACUGUUCGUACGGCCGAGGAAUCUUCCUCUGCAGCCAUCCUACCCGCGGCGCCCACAUCCAUGCCCCUGGAAUAUCUCGCGGAGACCGCAUGUGCACUUAGCAUAUGUCAACCCAGCCUAAUCCCACCCAUCACACAGUUCGCAUUACAGAAGUAUCGUGUCUACUGUUCCAGAAACCCGCCGUGGCUGGCUUCUGACUACUGCCUUGGCUUCCAAGGCUUUCUAUCCUUCUACGACGGAAAGUCUGUCGAUCAGCAGCCGCGCCUACUCCUCGAAGCGGCAUGGACAUCCAUGGCGUUGGUGUACUUUGGCCGAUCGGCGAAGUCGAGGACUGCGAUCACACUCAGCAGUGAUAGUUAUCGCCGUGCACUUGCUCUCACACGCACAGCGAUUCAAAAUGCGGAUCGUAGCGACAUACCGGACGAACUGGUGUUGACAGUCAUGCUCCUAGCCAACUACGAAGAUAAGAUGGGGGCCAUGGAUCGCUUAACCUUCGUCCCGGCGAGCUUCAAACACGAUGACGGUGCAGUUGCGCUGAUCUGUCAGCGCGUCAAUGGAACCAACAGAACACCAACAAGCAUGGUAUUGGACACUCUUGUCAGAUGGCAUUACAUCCGGAACUGCAUCUUGCAAUGUAUGCGCGUCCCGGAGUUGUUGUGCGAGUCCGACAAGUUCCUCGAGAGCUCCAGAUCGCGGCUUCUAACCAUUUGCAUGAUUCAUCUGGCUGAGCUGCAGGCACGGAAGCGAGAAGCGUUCUUGUCGCCUUCAUUCGAAGAGCUCCGUUGCAUAUUGCGGGUUGCGCAGCAAAUCAACCGUAAAGUUUGCGACUUACAACAACCCCUCUCGCCCUUCCCUGUCCAGGCUAGAAGCGCAUGGCAUGCUCAUGUGAAACACGUUCCAUCGCUUGCCGACGGUGCGGCUCUUCGCAAGACCCCCAACAUGGCCGACGUCCAGUUGUGGAUCGACUCCCACGCCACACGUCUGCGCGUAGACACGGUCGUUGUCCAAGCCGCUCGCAUGCUGGAGUCUUUGCCUGCGCGACAGAUGGACACAGGCCUCGCGGAUAUCGUCAUUCGAGCGCAACAAAACAUCCGGAGCUCGGCAGAGUGCAUCCUCGCCGCGAUCCCCUACUACUUCCCUCACGAUAUCGGCCUGCGUGCUCCGCGACCCACUGGCGCAGCCAAUGCCGUAUCCCGGGGUUUCGAUUCUUGCAGCUUAUUCUUCGCCCUGCACAGUAUCGUCACAUCGUCGCAGGCGCCCGCGCUUCACAAGCAGGCCGCUGCGCAUGCACAGUUGCAUGUGGCUAGCCUGAAUGGAACUACCCUCCUUGAGCGUUUGUAUACACCUGGGGGCCCUUUUGCAGUCAACGUAGUGCAAAAGGGCGAAUGAGCCAGGGCGCGCUCACAAAGCCAUGGGUGAGGGCGAAGUCGAAUUUGCGGAGGGCUCUUCUGGUGGCUAAAGAUGACAUCGACCAUGCGACGCGACGUAUCGACUCAGCAUCAGGAUUGGAGCUUUCGCUUGCACCCGUGGCCAACAGCUUGGAUAUCCAGAGAGGAAAGCCUCCCGCGGGCCAACGGUUUGACUGAGCGAUUUUCCUGGCCAGGGUGAUGAGCAGGCGCAUUAUUACCAUGUCCA